AUGGUGGAUACGGGGUCGAGUGUGAAUGUUAUGUACCUAGACGUCUUCCGAAAGCUUCAGUUAGAUCGGUCCCAGUUAAUGCCUGUCAGGACACCGCUCUCAGGUUUUACAGGAGCAAUGGUCCAUCCGGAAGGAGUCGUCCGCCUGCCCGUAGAGGUUGGGACCGUCCCGAGAGUGCUCCAGGUGACCAUGGAGUUCGUCGUCGUUGACUUGGCGUGCGUUCAUAACGCCAUCUUAGGCAGGCCGGGGAUAUCGCAGCUCGGCGCGAUAAUAUCAAUGUCGCACCUAUGUAUGAAAUUCCAGACUCCGGAAGGUGUAGGCACGGUCAGAGGAGACCCCCAAUCGGCGAGGCGAUGCUAUGUCCGGGCUGUACAGAAACAAGAUACCAGCACGUCUCGGGUGAACACCAUCAAUAAGAAGGGAGACGCCCGAGUCGAACGUCCCGAACCGUCGGAAGAGGUCGAGUUGGUACCGCUAUCGGACUCUCAACCGGAACGUACUGUGAAGAUUGGCUCGGCCUUAUCGCCAGAUUUACGGACCGCAAUCAUCGUCGUCCUUCGGGAAUACGCCGACAUCUUGGCCUGGGGACCGGAAGAUAUGCCUGGGAUCGACCGCCAGACAAUAUGCCAUAGGUUAGCCGUACGCCCGGGCUCCCGACCGGUCAAGCAGAAGCAGAGACACCUGGCGUCCGACCGACGAGAGUUCGUCCGCUCCGAAACGAAAUCUUUGGUAGCGGCCGGACACAUACGGGAGGUUCACUACCCCGAGUGGUUAGCAAACGUAGUUCUCGUCCCUAAACCCCCAGCCUGGAGGAUGUGCGUGGAUUAUACGGACCUCAACAAGGCGUGCCCGCUAGACCCGUUCCCUUUCCCGAGUAUCCACCAGAUGGUCGACGAGACCGCAGGCGCCGAGCUCUUAAGUUUUAUGGACGCUUUCAAGGGCUAUCACCAGGUGAUGAUGGCCGAAGAGGACGAAGCCAAGACAGCAUUCAUUACUCCAGACGGUCUAUACUGCUACCGAGUUAUGCCGUUCGGUCUCCGCAAUGCCGGUGCAACUUACCAGAGAAUGGUGAACACCUUGUUCGGAGAGCUGAUCGGUAAAACGAUGGAGGCCUACAUCGAUGACAUGCUGGUAAAGAGUAAAGAUAAGUAUGACCAUGCGUCCGACCUGAGACGGAGCUUUGAGAUCAUGAGAUAUAACCGGCUGAGACUCAAUCCGGCCAAAUGUACUUUCGCAGUCCAGACCGGGAAGUUUCUCGGGUUUAUGAUGACAAGGAGAGGAAUCGAGCCGAACCCCGCGAAAGUGAAGGCGAUAAUCGACAUGAGGCCGCCGGCCACGGUUAGAGAAGUUCAACAGCUGACUGGUCGAUUGGCCGCCUUGAGCCGCUUCCUCUCGACACUUGUUGAGCGGGCACACCCGUUCUUCCAGACACUGAAGAAGACAUCCGCCUUCAUGUGGACUGAUGAGUGUCAACGGGCUUUCGAAAGUUUGAAAGAGUACUUGGCCUCACCGAUAGUGUUGUCCAGGCCGGAACCUGGUGAAGAGUUGCAGAUUUAUCUCUCCGCAUCAGACCGCGCUAUCAGCGCAGUGCUAUGCCGAACCGACCCUGAAGGGGUGCAACGCCCGGUUUAUUACAUCAGCCACGCUCUCCAGGGCCCUGAACUGCGGUAUACCCGGCUGGAGAAGGUCGUAUUCGCGUUGUACACGACCGCUAAGAAGUUAACGCCAUACUUUCAAGGCCGGGUGAUCCGGGUGCUCACCGAUCAACCGAUAGGGGCCAUACUCCGGACGACCACUUCCUCCGGUCGGUUAAUUAAAUGGGCAAUGAUGUUGACCCAGUUCGCAAUCGAAUACACGCCGAGACCGGCCAUCAAAGGACAAGCCGUAGCAGAUUUCGUCGUAGAAUGUUCAGCACGUGACAGCACCACCCCGGUGACCUCCGACACUGCCCCGGUGGAAUGGGAAAUUGCAACAGAUGGGUCAAGCUGCAAGCAGGGCGCCGGCGCUGGUAUAGUUCUUACCAGCCCGAAGGGCUUCAAAGUUUACUACGCCCUGUCGCUUGCUUUCUCACCGACCAACAAUGAAGCGGAGUACGAGGCCUUCAUAGCCGGCCUGCGGCGCGCCCGCUCUCUGGGGGCUUGGCAUGUGAGGAUCCGGACUGACUCAGCCCUAGUCGUCGGACAGGUCACCGGCGCUUUCGAAACAAAAGGGGAACGGCUAGCCCGGUACCGCGACUAUUUCGAAACAAAAGGGGAACGGCUAGCCCGGUACCGCGACUACGCUUUAUCCAUUAUGGGAUCGUUCGACGCUUGCAUAGCCGAGCACAUUCCCAUUAUGGGAUCGUUCGACGCUUGCAUAGCCGAGCACAUUCCGCGGGCCGAGAAUGCGGAUGCGGACAUGUUAUCCCGACUAUCACACGAGGCUCCGGAAUAUAUAUCGAAGGUCGCCCGGGUGGAAGAGCUGCAGACCGCUUGCGUGGAUGCGCUUCCUGUGAUACCGGUCGAUGCGGAAACGGAUGAUUGGAUCGCCGACCUCCGUUCAUUUUUAGAGACCGGGACCUUACCAGAGAAUGAGCAGAGGGCCAGGAAAGUAAAGCUGCGAGCUCCCCGUUUCCAGAUAGUCGACAAUCGCCUUUACCGGCGGUCUUAUGGAGGGCCGCUGAUGAGAUGUCUAACCCGCUUUGAGGCCAAACUCGUGAUGGCCGAGCUGCAUUCCGGACUUUGCUCUGCCCAUCAGGGGGGCCGGGCCUUGGCAAGAAGAAUAAUGCUGAUCGGCUAUUAUUGGCCAUCGAUCCAAUUAGACUGUGAGUCACUAGCAAAGUCGUGCGAAUCCUGUCAACUUUACGCCCGGGUCCCAGGCAGGCCGGCCACCUUCUAUCAUCCGGUCAGUUCUGCAAUACAAGGCCGAACCACUAGCGACGAUUACAUCUCAGCAGUGCGCUCGGUUUAUAUGGCGAAACGUGAUCUCCCGCUUUGGAGUUCCAGUUCAGUUGGUGACCGACAACAGAAGACAGUUCGAGAACGAGUAUUUCCAAAAUUUCUUAGCAACGGUGGGCACCAGGUCGCUCCGUUCUUCCGUAGCAUAUCCUCAAGGGAACGGUCAAGUGGAGAAUGCGAACCGAACCAUCCUGGAAGGACUGAAAAAGAAGUUGCACUCGGCCGGACGAAGCUGGGCAGACGAGCUCCCGUACAUCUUGUGGUCGUACCGGACUACGCCNACGUGAUCUCCCGCUUUGGAGUUCCAGUUCAGUUGGUGACCGACAACAGAAGACAGUUCGAGAACGAGUAUUUCCAAAAUUUCUUAGCAACGGUGGGCACCAGGUCGCUCCGUUCUUCCGUAGCAUAUCCUCAAGGGAACGGUCAAGUGGAGAACGCGAACCGAACCAUCCUGGAAGGGCUGAAAAAGAAGUUGCACUCGGCCGGACGAAGCUGGGCAGACGAGCUCCCGUACAUCUUGUGGUCGUACCGGACUACGCCCCGGGAGGCCACGAAGGAAACGCCUUUCGCACUAGUUUAUGGCGCCGAAGCCCGCCUGCCAGUGGAAGCGUGGAUACCGACCUCUAGAGAGCGGAGCUAUGAUGAGAACGGCAAUGACUCCUUGAUAAUCACCGGGUUGGAUUCUGUGGAAGAGAGGAGAGAGGUCGCAGCCCGGAGGGUCGAAGAAUAUCAAAAGAAAUUGAAAGCAUACCGCGACCCUAAAGUGCGCCCCCGCUACUUUCAGGUAGGGGAUUACGUGCUGAGAGAGAGACAGGCCAGCAAACCGCUAGAGAGCGGGAAAUUGGCCCAGAGCUGGGAAGGUCCCUACGUCGUUUCGGCCGUGGUGAGACCGGGGACCUACCGGCUCGAAACCACCACUGGCAAACCGGUCGACCGCUUUUGGAAUUCCCAGCAUUUGGUCCAUUUUUAUCAAUAG